CAGCUGCACAACGGGUGCCACCGUACGAAUGUGUGUGAUAUCACGCUCGUGAAGACACUUCCUACCCAGCCCUCCCACCGUGACAUCUCCGUUGCCCUUCACGGACACAAAGACACGGAAAAGAUAAGAGAAAAUGCCCAGAGCAGGAAGUAUCGGAAUACCGUGAUGGUAGUCGUCGGUUUUGCCAGUGUUUAGCAGCCAUCGAUAACGGGCAGAUGGGCAAAUUUCCGUGCCCGUUACCACUUAAGCUUAUAGGGUUUUCGAUGUUGCAUUCGUUGCUGCGAUUGUGGAAGCUGCACUUUAGCGGACACGCAUCCGCAUACUUACGCGUGGAGAGAUCGUUUGUGUGGUGUUUCCGCCCUUUAAAGGAUUCGAUCUGAUCGACCGGAAAGGCCGCUUAGGUUGCGUGUGUGUCUUCUUGGUGAAUAAAUAAAUGCUGUGUGUUUGGUGCUGUGAAACCCGUGUGAAGUGAACCCCAACGUUGUGAUUUAACACGGACGAAGUAAGGGCAAGUAAGACUGUUCGACUGUUACACCGGGUGAAAAGGUGAACUUCCGCUGUAUCUGCAUGAAAGCAUGACCACACAGAUAUUCAACAUCGUCGUCGUUGGGGAUGGAGCAGUCGGCAAAACCUGCCUGCUGCACGCCUACACAGACAAGUCGUUCAAAAAUUUCUACGAACCGACGAUAUACGAUAAGGAAUCAAUUGAAAUGAUACUCGAUGGACAGAAGUACACCAUACAGCUGCACGAUACGGCCGGCCAGGAAGAAUACGACAAAAUCAGGCAACAGUUUUACAAACGGGCCCAUUGUUUUCUCCUGUGCUACAGUAUAGACAACAGAGUUUCGUUCGAAAAUGUGUCCACAAAAUGGUUGCCUGAGAUUAAAACAGACCCGCCCGUUCCAAUCGUACUGUUGGGCACCAAGCUGGACAAUCGAAAAGGGAAAAACAACGAAGUUUCGACGGCGGAAGGUGAAAGGUUAAAGCGCACACUAAAUGCAAACUCAUUCGUGGAAUGUUCGGCGAAGGAUUACCGUAAUGUGGAACUAGCCAUCGAGGAAAGUGUACGCGCCUGUCUGGCAGGUGUACCAGAACCGCAACCGGAUGAUAGCUGUGCCUGCUUCCAGGGCUUCGAUUGCUUUGGGUGCUUGGCAUGACUAGAAUGUGUGCGACCGUGCUGCGAGUGUCUGGUGUGGUCAAGUGAUGUGUGCAGCUGUUCGAGUUCAUGAUACCGACACGAACCGAUGCAGUAUAAUGAUUCGGACCCACCCUUUAAGAAUGAAUCCAAAUGAACACUGAAAGUGAACACUGUACCAUCUUAAUCCAAUCGCAGUACUAUAGAUUAAGGAUCUGGAAGAAUUUUUCCAGAUACAAUAAAAAAAAUCUACUUUAUCUCAAAACUAUUUAGUGAUUCGGUUCAAUCAAAAUUCUGACUCGGGAGAGUUUCUUGCUAAGUGAUGCAUUUUGAAAUAGCUGUAUAGCCGAGAUAAAAAUAAAUAUCGUUGUUAUCAUGCAUUGUAA